UCAACAAACAUGGCGUCGAAGAAGACCCAACCGAAACCAAAGGAUAUAGAAUUUGACGAUUUAGUUGUGAAUUUGUGUUUUCAUCCAGUAAAAGAUUUAAUAGCUAUUGGUUCUAUAAAUGGUGAUGUAUCUAUAUAUUCCUACAGUACCGAGGGAGAGAAUAAACUAGAAAAAACAUUCAACCACCACAAGAAAUCUUGUCGAGCAUUACGAUUUAGUCAGAAUGGAGAGACUCUCUUAACAGCUUCCAAAGAUAAAUCUAUCAAAUGUUCGGAUGUAGAAACAGGAAAAAUAAAAAAUAAAUUUAAAAGUGCUCAUGAAUCGGCCAUUUAUAGCAUGGUUAUAUCAGAUCGAAAUAUUUUAGCUACUGGAGAUGAUGAUGGAAAAAUCAAGUUAUGGGAUUUAAGAAAAGAGAAAGCUAUCCAUGAAUUUAAAGAAAAUGAAGAAUAUAUAAGUGAUAUGGCUAUAGACAGUAGUAAAAGAACUCUACUAUCAACAAGUGGAGAAGGUACAUUGACUGCUUUUGAUAUGAGGAAGAGAAAAAUGACGAUACAGUCAGAAGUUUUUGAUUCAGAAUUACAAUGUUUAGCAGUUGUUAAGGGCGAGAGGAAAGUUGUAUGUGGAACUGGUGAUGGAGCAUUGAGUCUGUUUAAUUGGAAUGAAUGGGGUUUAAAUAGUGAUUUGUUUCCUGGUCAUCCAGACUCAGUAGAAUGUAUAACAGCGUAUAAUAGAAAUAUAGUCUGUACUGGUAGUGGAGACGGGAUAAUCAGAGCUGUGAACAUCUUACCAAAUAGUUUUAUGGGUGUGAUAGGUGAGCAUGACGGUUUUCCUAUCGAAGGAAUUGAUUUAACACAUGAUAAAACUUUACUAGCUAGCUGUUCACAUGAUCAGUGUGUUAAAUUCUGGAACAUUCAAAACUUAGAAAAUCUCAAAAUAAACAAAAAGAAAGUUGUCAAGUACAAAUCCAAAAAACUUUUCAGUCGUGAUGAAAACUUUUUUGCCGAUAUUAAUAAAGAUGUAACACAAGAUGAUGAUGAAGAGGAGAAAGAUGGGGAUGAUGACAAUGAAGAUGAUGAUAGUGAUGAUGAUGACGAUAGUGAUUCUGAUAGUGAUUAGAUAUAAAUAAAUUUAUACUAGCAUC